ACCCUGCGGAGCCACUUUGACUCGGUGCGGAGUCUGUCCUUCCACCCGGUGGAGCCCGUCCUCGUCACCGCCUCCGAGGACAACACCCUCAAACUGUGGAACCUGCAGAAGACGGCGCCCGCCAAGAAGUGUGCAGCGUUAGACGUGGAGCCCAUCUACACAUUCAGAGCUCACAGCGGCGCCGUGCUGUGCGUCACCAUGAGCUCCAGUGGCGAGCAGUGCUUCAGCGGCGGCGUGGACGCCACCAUCCAGAGCUGGAACACCCCCAAUCCCAACAUCGACCCCUACGACUCAUAUGAGCCCUCCGUCCUGCGGGGGGCGCUGUGCGGUCACACAGACUCGGUGUGGGGUCUGGUCUACAGCUCGGCCCACCAGCGCCUCCUGUCCUGCUCCGCCGACGGGACGGUCCGGCUGUGGGACGCCGCCGGCACCUCGCCGUCUCUCGCCGUCUUCAACCACCGAGGAGAGCUAGGAGUGCCGACCUCGGUGGACCUGGUGCGGAGCGAGUCUGAUCACAUGGUGGCGUCUUUCAGCAGCGGACACAUCGGACUCUUCAACAUGGAGACGCAGCAGCUGGUCCUGAAGCUGGACUCCGCCAGGCCGCCAGACGCUCCCUGCAGGAUCAACAGAGUCCUGAGUCACCCCACGCUGCCCGUCACCAUCACCGCCCAGGAGGACCGCCACAUCCAGUUCUUCGACAACAACACAGGUAACGUGAUCCACUCGAUGGUCGCCCACCUGGACUCGGUCACGUGUCUCGCCGUGGAUCCAAACGGACUCUACCUCAUGUCUGGAAGUCACGACUGCUCCAUCCGCCUGUGGAACAUGGAGACCAAGACCUGCAUCCAGGAGUUCACGGCCCACCGUAAGAAGUCAGAGGAGUCGAUCCAUGAUGUGGCGUUCCACCCGACCAAGAGCUACAUCGGCAGCGCCGGCGCCGACGCACUCGCCAAGGUCUUCGUAUGACCGCCAGGGGUUCCUGGGUCCUGGGUCCUUGGGUCCUGGGUCCUUGGGUCCUGGGUCCUUGGGUCCUGGGUCCUGGGUCCUGGGUCCUGGGCCCUGGGUCUUGGGUCGGGACAGACGUGGAAGCAGAAGACCAACGGGGACGGCAUGAACGAGGACUGCUCCUUUAAGAUUCACCCUCUCACCCCCCCACUUUCCUUCGGACUUGGGCUGGCCCGGGUCCCGGAAC